AUUUUUUUUUUUUUUUUUUUUAAGAAGGAAAUUAUUUCCUCUUGCAACUUCCAAAAAAAGUUGCAUAGUGUAAUUUUCAUUAAAGAAGAAAAAGAAAAACAAACUGAAAAAAUGGCGAGCACUCUCCUGUCAGCUCCUUGUUUUCUCUCUUCGCAAAAUAGGGAAGUGAGUGGACUUGCAAGGAAUUUCAGAAGCUCGUUCUCUGGCAAACUGAUGCAUUCUCAAUGUAUUCUAAGAAGAAAUUUUAGUGGAAGCCAUGGCAGCUAUCCUGUGGUGGCCUCAGUGGUGGGAAGGAAGGUCAAGAGCAGGGAGACUGUGGUUCCAGACCCAGAUUACCGAAUUCCGGUUGUCCUACUAGGUCUAGCUGGUGGGUUAGCUUAUUCAAAUAAUCUAUUACCAGCUGCACCUGUGGGUCUCCUCGGAUUACUUUUAUUGUUUCAGACUACUAGAGUGAGAUUUGUCUUUGAUGAAGAGGCCCUGGAGGUAAAAGUAGGGGAGGAGCUUCAAGAUUCGGGUGAAAAUGUAUUUGUGGGUGGAAAAAACCGUUGGAAAUAUUCGACGUUUGUGAAUUGGGAGCUUUGGUGGCCAAAUUUCCCUAUCCUGGUAUAUUUCAAAGAGACACAAACUAAGCCUGAAGGGCAAGUGCACUUCUUUCCAGUAAUAUUUAAUGGGAAGCAGCUCUAUGAUGUAAUGGUGGAGAGAGCUGGCCCUUCAAAAAAUAGUGGACCAAAGUAAUCCUGAAGGCUUUGACAUUGUUGUUUCAACUCCACGUCUCAUAAUAUAUAUACUAUACACCUUCAAGGUUUUCGUUUAUUACAAUCGGAUAUGCUUGGGUUUAUAUUUUUAUAACUUCAUAAAAGUAAUAAUAUUAUAUUCGAUAGUUAA